AAUAUGUUGUACGUGUCGGCCAUUUUGUGUGGGCUGAGAUAGAAAAGUGCUAAACGUUCAAUUUUGCUUCUGUCAUAAUUUACUGUGAUGUCAAGUCCUUAUCCGAGAAGUAGCGGUCUUGUUCAACGACGAACAGCUGCGUCACAUGCGUUGGAAGCAAGUUCGGAAGACCAGAAGAGCGAGAAGGAUUAUGACGAGGAAAACGAUCAGGAUUCGAAGGAAACCCGACUGACGUUAAUGGAGGAAGUGUUGCUUUUAGGGUUGAAAGACAGAGAGGGUUACACAUCUUUCUGGAAUGACUGCAUCUCGUCCGGUCUGCGAGGCUGUAUCCUCAUUGAGCUGGCGAUGAGAGGCCGCGUCGAGCUCGAGAAGGCUGGGAUGCGCCGUAGAAGUCUGAUGAAUCGCAAGGUUAUAUGCAAAUCUGACACGCCCACUGGCGACGUGCUGCUAGACGAGGCAUUGAAACACAUGAAGGAGACGCAGCCUCCCGAGACAGUACAGGCCUGGAUUGAAUAUCUUAGUGGCGAAACGUGGAACCCGAUGAAGUUGCGCUACCAGCUGAGAAACGUCCGUGAACGUCUCGCCAAGAACCUGGUGGAGAAAGGUGUCUGCACGACGGAGAAGCAGAACUUUCUGUUGUUCGACAUGACUACACACCCUCUCACAGACUCCACGGUCAAACAGAAGCUGAUCAAGAAAGUGCAGGACUCGGUGCUCAGCCGGUGGACUAACGACCCUCACAGGAUGGACCGGAGGAUGUUGUCUCUCAUCUACGUUGCUCACGCCUCCGACGUCCUCGAAAACGCAUUCGCACCACUCUCCGAUGAUGAUUACGAAGUUGCAAUGAAGCGCGUUCGCGAACUGUUGGAGUUGGACUUUGAUGCCGAGAGUAUGAAGGAAGGAACCAAUGAACUAAUGUGGGCAGUUGUUAGUGCUAUGAACAAGUGAUGUGGUCAUUCUGUUUUUGUUUGUAUAUAUAUACAUACAUAUAUAUAUAUAUAUAUACAUACAUACGUGGUGUUCUUUCCGAUCCUUCUUCUCUUGACUGAUGUUACAGGUGGUAGUAAAGGUGCGACUUCGUCACAGUUGGUGUGUCAUUCUUCAAGAGGUUUGUUUGAAUUCAUCAUCCCUGUGGUACGGACGUUUCGGGGAAAUGUACAUGUAGCCUCAUUUUACAUAAAAUUAUGAAUUUCCAUUGCAAUUCCAAAGCAUGAAAGUAGGUGGGUUGAGAGGAUGUCAUAAGCUGAUAUAAACUUUUGAAUUUUUCUUUUCAAACUUUGGACAAUUUCUAAAGGAUUAUUUCUCAUAAAUGUGGACAGGUUAAAUUACUUUAUCCCCUUGUUAAAGUAAAACUAAAAGAUGGGAAUGUUAAUGUUCAACUUGGAAAAUAUUAAUAAAUGUGAGACUAACCCUUCAAUAUAUAUAUAGCGAUACUCGGGCCUUGGGAAGUGAUGCUAAAUUCCUACGUCAAUCAUAACGAAAAAGCAAGUGCCGUUCCAGGGGGAGGAUGCUGGGGGUAUGCAUCCCCUCUCACCAAGCUUUACAAAGCUGCACAAAUCCAGUGUACAGGUACACCUAAUGAAUACAGUGGAUUUAUGUACAUGUAUGUAAUAUAUGGGUUGGCAGGGUGUUUUUGAAAAUGAAUGUCUUUAAUACAUACAUGUGUAAUAUUAAUAUUAUGGAUGUUGGUAUACUUUGGAAUCCUAUUGAAAUAUCUUCUCUUUUUUUCUGCUUUAAUUGUUUUUUAAAAAGUCUAUCCAAGCCUCAAACUUGAGUAUUUGUUACCUCCGACAAUUUUUGUUUCUGUUUUAUCGCAGGUGAAAUGCUAACCUAUAGCAAUUGUAAGUCUGCAUACAGCCAUUUUAAACCAGUAAAUUUGGCAACAAAUAACUGAAAAUUCAAACUAACUAUGACAGAAAGCAAUUUUUAUUCAGCUAUUGCAAAAAAAAAAAACCCUUCCGAUCUUUAAUGCUCAUGACUACGGCAUUUCUUAUUACAGCUGAGGCGAUAGCCAUCAUUAAGUUGGAGCAACUGUCCUAAGAAAGGGUAAAGAAAACCUGUCGACAGUGAUGGGGAAACAUAGUAAUAACCAAAGCAAGGCCUUUAAAACAGCUACAGUAUUCAUUUAUCAGCAGUACGUCAUUGGGUAAAAUAUGUUCAUAAUGUGACUGAUGAUACUGUUUGAGAAUAUGUAAGGGGCCGUCCAUAAUUUUCUAAAUUUUCACGAGCAUACAAACCAUACGGG